AUGGGUAGAACCUCGUUCCUCGCUCCCUCUUCUAAGAAGAACGAAGCCUACUUCUUUCACGGCACCAAGUACGCCCGUGUGUACUUUGUCCCCAGCUCGCCCACCGAGGAGAUCACGUACGGCCCGGCGAGCGUCGCCAAGGAGUGGAAGACGCUCGUCGAGGCCGGCUUCGACACGGUCGACGCCGCGCUCCCGGUGCCGGGCCACGACGGCGAAGUUUACUUCUUCAGCGGCGUCAACUACGUCAAGAUCCGCUUCACGCCCGGCACGCCGGACGAGCGGAUCACCUUCGGCCCGCGCAAGAUCGCCGACAAGUGGAAGACGCUCGCGCAGGCGGGCUUCGAGACGGUCGACGCAGUGCUGCCCGUGCCGGGCGUCGAGAACGAAGCCUACUUUUUCAACGGAAACCGCUACGUCAAGAUCCGCUUCACGCCGGGCUCCGCUGAUGAGCAGAUCGUCUACGGCCCGGCCAACAUCGCCGACGAGUGGAAGACGCUGGCCAAGGCCGGCUUCAGCACCAUCGACUCGGCGCUCCCCGUCCCCGACCAGUCAGGAGAGGCCUAUUUCUUCAGUGGCAGCCAGUACGUCAAGAUCAAGUUUGUGCAGGGCUCGCCGACUGAGGAGAUCCUCUACGGCCCCACCAGCAUCACCAAGGAGUGGAAGUCACUUUCGUGGGGCUGGUAG